AUGCUGAUCAACGUGGCUGUCUCUUCAUCAUCCUCAGCCGUGCCACCACUGCCUCGAUGGAUCGAUCUGCCAGAGGAUUUGACGGUGAAUAUCCUCCAAAGGUUGGGUGCUGAAGAGAUAUUGAUGAGUGCACAGGCAGUGUGCACUACAUGGUGGAGAGUCUGCAAGAAUCCUGCCAUGUGGUGCGUUAUUGAUUUGGAUUCUCGACAAUGCGUGGCCAACAAAUUUGAAAUGAUUUGUCGUAGCGCAGUGGAUCGUAGCCAGGGACAAUUGGUCAAGCUAAAGCUUGUCUAUUUUGAAGGGAUUGUGUUGCCCAACUACAUAGCUCAAUGGUAG